GUUACACACUAGAAAUGCCGCGCAUUUGUCUGCUUGCUUUGAUCGGCCUGCCAGGCGCUGGCAAAACUAAUCUUAGUAAUUGGCUCAUAUUGCAGCAAGAACAACAACCUGAUUUACUGGCUGGCUGGCAGAUGUUGCAUCUCUGCUACGAUGAUUAUUUCAAUAUACAACCAACAAACAAGAUAGAAUAUAGAGAGCAAAGACAAUUUAUAUACAAUUUGCUAGAGCAACUCAUUGCGGCUCUACAAGCAGACAAGGUCGAACUGCCGGGGCACGUACGAAGAUCAGCUACAAUUACUAGCGAUAACUAUUUAGUAAUAUGCGAUGAUAAUCAUUAUUAUCGCAGUAUGCGUUACCAACUCUACCAACUAAGUCGCAAACAAAAUUGUCUAUAUGCCCAACUUUAUCUAGCCUGCAGCUUGGUUGACUCUUUGCUUGCCAAUGCGGAACGUGGAGCCGACGCUUUACCUGCAGCUGUAAUACAACAAAUGGAAAUGCGACUCGAGUUGCCAAACGAAACUUCAGCGUGGGAGCAGCUGACACUAACACUCAAUAGCACAAAAGAUUUCCAUGCAGUAGCAGAAAUAAUUAAGAACUUUCUACAAACUUUAUUCAAUAGCCAAUUAAUUGCUACGCCUGUACAGCAGGAAAAGCAGCCGCAAUUGCAAUCGCUAGCACAUCAAUUGGAUUUGCAGUUGCGUGCACGUAUUCAAAGCCAAAUUAAAUCCAACAGAGUUGAGGAAAAGCAACAGCAGUCAGCACAACGAAGUCGCGCUUUAAACGAACAACGCAAACACAUUUUAACACAAUUUCGUUUCGAUAUGCGCAGUGGGCAGACAGGACUUUCUAAUGAUAAUUUGGAAUACUAUGUUAAUAUGUUAAAUUAGUCUAAAGGAAUCCAAAUAAGCAUUAGCUGUUUAAACAUUGUACAUAUUAAUAUAACUGCUCUAGUCUAGUAUAUUAAACAAUAACGAAACCACAUGAUCUAAA